UUUAAUAUAUUUAUAUUUUUUAUUGGUAUUUAAUUUUGGUGUCCAUAAUGAUUAGUCCACUAAUAAUAAGCAGUGAUAAUAACUCGCGUAAUAAUAAUAGCCAUCCUAUUGCUAGUGAAUUGAUGUCCAGUUAUACCACUUGUGCCGAUCAUUGCUAUCAUAAGUUGCAUACAAUGCAUACCAAGAUGUGUUGCUGGCAUAAGCACUGUACCAAGUUCAGUUAAAUUCGCAAUAAGUAGUAUAUACACGGUGUGUAUAAGCUAUUUGGCUAAUAAUUUUUGAGAUAUACUUUUGAAAAUAGAGUAUAUUUUUGGACACAAACUCUGUUUCAUUGAGUGAACACUCGGUAUAAGACAUAUGAUGUUAAGUGAAUUAAAGGCAACAAUGAGUGCAUCGAAACGUUUAGUACGCUAUGUGUUGAACACUACCGGAGCCGCUGUCAGCGGUGGACACCAUAUGGGGGGCCGACUCAUCAUGACGUCCAGCCAUGAGAUCGAGCCCAAGACCUACACUAAUGGCACGAAUGGACACAAUAAGUACAACACGCAUACCAAUGGCAACGGCAACGGCAACCACCCGUCCCCUACCAACGGACUGGUGGGCCCCGCGACAGGGGGUGCGCUGAAUGGGGUGCCCAGGAAUGGCAAUGGGAACGGUAGUUGCAGUGUUUCCCGAAGUGUUAACUGGUUUUACAAUCAGACGGCUAUAGACAUCGCGGCCGCAAAGGCUGAUAGGGUUAGGUGGGUGCUAAUGGGAACGGGAGGCGCACAUUUACAUAACCAACUCAACUCCAGACUUCGUAAGCUUGUGAUACCGCCAUCGGUGCGAUUAACGCCGGCAACUAUACUAUACUCGGGUAAAAGUCCUGAUGGCAGUCACCUAUUGAGAAGCGCCAUAUACCUGCAAAAGGAGCUACCCGUCCGUAUCGCUCACCGUAUCGCCGGCUUCCGAGCCCUACCAUUCCUCGUGGGCUGUAAUCCCACGAUACUGGCCGUCCACGAGAUGUAUAUCCGGGCCUUUUAUAUGCUCUCUGAGUACCCACCGAUAACGGACAUGGAGUCGGAAAAGGGUUAUUCAAAUCUAUUGCGACAGCUGUUGGACACCCAUAAGAAUGUGGUGACACAACUGGCCGAGGGUUUCCGGGAAUGCCGUAAACAUAUCCAGAACGAGGACUUAGUUCGCCAGUUCCUCGACCAGACCCUCACCUCCCGGUUGGGGAUCCGUAUGCUCUGCGAACACCACUUAGCCCUGGCCUCGGAGGCCGAGGACACCGACGAGAGGGCCAACUUAGUGGGCAUUAUUAACGUAACGAUGCGGCCCCGGGAUGUGGUGGAGAACUGGUGCGACUACGUGAGCAACAUAUCCGACCACCACUACGGCCGAUCGCCACCCUUCAAGAUCAAUGGACACGUGAACGUCCAGUUCCCAUACAUACAGACGCCGUUAGACUAUAUACUGCCGGAGCUGUUGAAGAACGCCGCC